UUUUUGGCAGCAAGCAGAGCGAGUAGAGCUCUCGCCUAAAAAUGCUUACGACCAAUGGCGUAUCGUCAUUGGUCGUGCUUGUACCACGUGAACGGCCUAUGUUGGAGGUUCACAAAGUCGACUAAAUAUCCAUGAUGGUACAGUCAGCUGCCUAAGGUCCAGUUGGCCAGUCGCAGCCAGCGAGUUUUCUCCACAAGGUAGACGCGCGCAACACCAAGACACCAUUAUGGCGGACGAUGAGAGAAAGCGCAUCGAGGAUGAAAAGAAGAGGAAACAGGCGGAGACCGAGAGGAAAAGGGCGGAGGUCCGCGCCCGCCUCGAAGAGGCUUCCAAAGCCAAGAAGGCGAAGAAGGGUUUUAUGACCCCCGACAGGAAGAAGAAGCUUAGGUUGCUGUUGCGUAAGAAAGCCGCCGAGGAAUUGAAGAAGGAACAGGAAAGAAAAGCGGCCGAAAGGAGGCGCAUAAUCGAGGAACGUUGCGGAAAACCAAAGAUCGUCGACGAAGCCAACGAAGAGACCCUAAAGCGCGUGCUGCGCGAGUACCACAAUAGGAUCUCGGCAUUGGAGGAUAAAAAAUUUGACAUCGAAUAUGUUGUUAAGAAGAAGGACUUUGAGAUCGCAGACUUGAACAGCCAGGUCAACGAUCUUCGAGGUAAAUUUAUGAAACCGACCCUGAAGAAAGUGUCUAAAUACGAGAACAAGUUUGCCAAGCUCCAAAAGAAAGCCGCCGAGUUCAAUUUCCGUAAUCAGCUGAAACAAGUCAAGAAGAAGGAAUUCACCUUGGAGGAGGAGGAUAAGGAGAAUGCGUCAAAAGAUAAGAAGAAACCUGACUGGUCGAAGAAGGGCGAUGAAAAGAAGGAAGGCGAACAGGCUGAAGCACCUGUGGAACCACCACCACCACCGGAACCAACACCAACCCCAGAACCAGCCCCAACUCCCCCGGCUCCCGUACCUCCGCCAGCGGAACCAGUUCCUGCGGCGGCACCUCCAGCCGAAGGUGGAGUUCCAGCAGUUCCUGUCCCAGCAGCUGAAGGUGUUCCGCCGGCGGACGGAACUGCGCCAAUACCUGCUGAAGGUGUACCUGUAGUAGCCUCUGUAGAAGGGACUGCACCAUCUAUAGAAGGAGCUGCACCGCCGGUGGAAGGUGCAGCUCCACCAGUAGAAGGAGCUGCAUCUGCAGAAGGAACGGGCAUCCCAUUAGGAGAGGGCGUAUCUGCUGAAGGAAUACCUCCAGCCGAAGGUUCUGCACCUAUCGCUACUCCUGCAGAGGGUGCACCCGCAGAAGGAGCUCCUAUCGCAGCUCCAGCUGAAGGUGCGACACCAGCAGUACCAGUGGAAGGAGUUCCUUCAGCCGAAGGAGCUGCUCCUCCAGCAGAAGGAGUUGCUCUUCCAGCAGAAGGAGUUGCUCCUCCAGCAGUAGGUGCACCGGCCGCACCAGCUGAAGGAGCCGUACCUGCAGCUACACCCGCAGAUGCGACUCCCGCAGUUCCAGCGGAAGCUGCACCCGCGCCGACCGAAACUAAUCUAGUUUUGAUAUUGCGAGUUACAAUCCGCAUCAGAAGCAGUCCCGCGCUAAAGAGCGCGAAAUACAUCAUGAACGCACCCGCAUCGUAACUGAAAGAGUGGAGACGAGGGGUCAUCUUGUCUCGCAUACUCUCCUCUCGUUGACGUCAAACUUUGCGGAACAUCUACACAACG